AUCUCGGUGGAUUGCUGUCUUUGUUUCGCAUAAUUUCUGCCCGGCGACUUCGGAAUGAACAGCGUUGUUAUCUUAAAGCUUUGGUAAUGACCAUUAGGCAAAAGAUUCAUGAUGGUGGUCUUCGCUGAUCUCCAAAUAGAAAUUUGAAGCUGAUGGACUCAAGUAGAAGUCCAGACAUGCACAUUGGUAGUAGUGAUGUGAAGGAUAUUCCAGUGCAGGGUCUGAUAGAUGGAGCUGAUGAACAACUGAACCUGCCAACUGAACAUGGAAUGGUUGAAUUAAUGGUGUCUGAUCCAGAGGAUGACUUAUCCCUUGGCACUGAUGCACAGAUCUUUUCCAAGGACAAAAUACCACAAACCUCACCUGGAGGCUCAAGCAAAUCUGCUGGGUGCUUUUUUGAAUCAUCUAGUGAUAGCACAGGGCCCCCAGGAAGAAACAGAGAGUGUAGAAAGCUUUGUAACAUUGGAAGAGCCAACAGUUCAGACAGCAUUUUGUCAAAUGUUUCUGAUUUCAGUCGGACCUCCCACGAUGUAAGCUCACUGCUGAACGCAAUGACCGUUGAUCCGGAAGAAUUUCUCAGUGAUCUGGGAUUUGCCGACACAGAACUGCGUAUGCGUAUUCCCGAAAGAUUUUUUCAGUCGGCCUCCAGUGCGCAAGGAAUCGAUGUGGAUUCAUUUCGAAGAACUCUUGAGACGGACGAUUUGUAUGGAUCAUCGCAGUCCCAAGAGUCUUCGGUAUGGUCGGACCCAGGCUCCAGCAGGAUCCCCUCCAGGUUUAUCACGUGUCACACGGAGCCAACAAACACGUUGUGCAUGGGGCCCUUUAGCUCUGUGCCCCUUAUCUCUGAGCCUGAAGAAACGUCUGGGGAGUCGUUUGAUCUAAUGAGGCACCUUAGACUCAACAAACCACAACACGUGACAAAGGGUAUGUACCUUGAACCAGUUACAGAAGAACUUGAAGUGUCUUCGGUUGGAAGUGGAACAAUUAGGACGAGAAUUUCUAGAAAACUCUCUAACGAAGAAGGCACGAUCAUUGUACGAGAGGAGUCGUUAGAACAACCGAAUCAGGAUUCGGAACUAGUCUUGAAUGUUCCUUCGGUUAUUGUAAGCGAGAAAACAAGCUUUGAUUCGAACGAGCCCACCGAUACCAAUUAUACUGAAAACAAUCGAGAAGAGGCGGUUAUCAUUGCAAAUUUAAACGUUGAAGAAAGCAAGAGCAUUCCCGCUAGAGAGGGUACAUUGUUAUAUUAUGCAACGAGUUCGUCAAGCAGUGUAGAGGCAGUGAAUUCGAGCCAUCACAGCACGGACAGCGAUAAACUCGCGUCAAUUACGAGUGAUUACAGUGAUAUGGAUGAAUUACCAGGGAACGCAGUCGUGGAUUUUGAUCCAGGGGUAACAGAUGUCUCUCCUCACGUAGCAGUCCCAUGGCACUUGAAAGUUGCAAAUAUUGCUGUUCAAGAUUCUUUUGAACUCGAAGAAAUCGGAAAUGAGGAUUUUAACGAAAAAGAAUCGUCAUCGUUUGUAGAUGAAGAAAGCGGAUAUAAUUCCAAGGCAUCAGACAAACGCUUGACAAGAGAAAAUAGCGGGGAAAGUAGUGGCUUUGAAGAAAUGUUUCCCGACAAAGACGCAACAAGUUCAAAUUCUUGUUCGCCUGUUUUGAAUGCGAAGGAAUCUUCCACUAUCGAAUAUACUUUUGUUAGCCAGGUAAGGCCACUGAAAGCUCUUUUGGAUCCUGAAAUGAUUUGCAGAGCAGUGGAAGAAAAAUCGCCCAGAGCGACAUUUGUACAGAGGAGAACUAAAUCUUUGACAAAACAGCGACCAGUUGACGAGGAUAGUUUUGGAUCAUGGAUCUCUAGUUCCAGUUCACCCCUGUUAAAAUAUGUCGCAGGGAGUUUAGGGAGCAGUGUGGGUCAAAAUUACGCGAGUACUUCCCUGGAAUUGGUUCAGAAAGGGUCAGGUGUUCCUUCGCGAAGCACCGAAGAACUUGUGGAUCCUGCUAGGAAAUCUAAGGUAGAAGGGUGUGAUGGUAGAGUGGACGAAAACUGUAACAGAAAAUCAAAAUUUGAUUUGGAACAACGGCCAUUAUCUGCGGUUUCAUCCGCGUUCGAUAAAGAUGUUGAUACUCUCGAUAAGGAUAACAAUGUGGCUGCUGAAAGCAAAGAAAACGAAAAUUCCAACCAUGCAAAAUCUAAAUCAAGUUUUGAGAAUGACCCUCACAUUGGGAUUGGACAAUCUGAGGUGGGCCUUUUUGUGUUAGGAACGCCAGACGAGGGCAGUGGCAGUUUUGUAAAGGACAACAAAGUUUCUCCUGAAAGCUUUCAAAACCAAAAGCAUUUUAAUGGGGAAUUGUGUGCGAUUAGUAAGAAUGAACCUGACAUUGCUAUGAGACAAACUACGAUAAGUCCUGUUGUAUCAGGUACAUCAGAAGCAGACGAUACUUGGGAAGAACAGGAUGACAAAGUGCCAGCUAACAGCUUUGGCAUGGGAGAUCAAGUAAAUGGAAAGUGUUUCUCCAAUGUUCCGAUUAAGACUGACACUGCGAUGAAUAAGUCUAAGGUUGGCCCGAUUAUUCGAAAUAAUGUAACAGGUGGAUACCAGAGAAAUAUAUCUGACUCAAGCUUAAUUACAGAAGAGUUAGUUUCGCCGCAAAGUUUGCGUGAACUUGCAGAUGAUGGUUAUUUUCAUGCCAAGUUACUCCAGACUAACUCAGAUAUCGAAAACGAAGCAGAAACUUGUGUUAGUGUCGCUGCUUGUGGUAACCUUUCAACGUCUUCCCUUGUGGACAACGAAGACGUUAGUGCAUGCGUAGAACAACAACAGAGGAAGGAAUCUCGAAAGGCUUUGAAAAAGGUUGAUUCUGAAUGUCAAAAGCAUUACCUUCAUGAGAUAAACAUUCUUGAGCAGAGCAUUAAAAGGUAUGAGUCAAACUUAUCUUCCGAGGGACCACUGGAUAGAGCCAAAGCUGUUGGUGAUACGGAGAGUGUACUAGUGAGGAUCAAAGAAGAAAUGAAUGCCAUUCAGGAACUGCGUGUGAUGAUUGGUUCAGAACUCGAAAGAAUGAAGUUUCUUCUUUCGGAACGCAGAAGGCUGUUGCUUGCAGGAGUUGCGAAGAGCCCAGUUUGUUUCGGUGUUUCUCAAAGGAUGGCAGACCUUCUUCGGGAACAGUCGUCGUUAAAUAUUGGACUUUCGAACAUUAACGAUGAAUUAUCGAUUCGAGAGAAGGCUUCACGACGGGCCAGGAUAUACGCGCAGAUUGAAAGCAUUAAGAAAGAGUUGAAAGAGGACAGGGAAAAGUGUAUGAAGGAGUUUCGUGAAGAGAUAAAGGAAGGCCUCGUCCGCGAGUUGAGUGAAAAGUUUUCAACGGAGGUUGAGUUGCUUCGUCAAGAAGUUCGGUCCAAAGACGCUGUGAUCAAGCAGUUGAUGAAGAAUCACGAACAAGCAGAUCUAAAUCAAAAUCUUGAUCAUCUGGAGCAGAGUUGAAGUCUAGAGGGAGGGUAGAUUGAGGGAAGUUUUGUAAGCAGUUUCCUUUUUCAGACAUCUUGUUUCAUGUGC